AUGAAGUUGCUUUUCCUCGUCUUUUUGUUGAUUCAAGUUUUCUCCGAAAACGUCGAAGAGACUUCGCGUGAUGAGAUUCAAGAGGAAAACAACUCUGUGAAUGAAGGUGGGUACGAAGAAGUUGCCACCGACGAACAAGAAGAGGGAGAAGAACACGACAUCAGAAAGCCCGUGAAACGACCAAGACGACCACAACCAGUUAAAGAACGAAUAGAACAAAGUCGACGGAGUUAUAUAGUCGAAUAUAUAGUUGGAAGUGUUAUUGCUGGGUACCUCACUUAUUUCUUCUUUGGGAAAGCUAUGAAUUCCAAUGUUGUCACUACGUAUGCACAACAAGUCCACACACCAGUUUUUAGACACUUCAAACAAGCCAAUAGUAAUGUGAACUCGGGAGCCACUGUCGGUAUCAUGAGUCUCACAUGUAAUGAGUUUGUCAUCGAACUCUCAGAGCACCCGUUCAUUAAAGGAGCGUCGAUUAAUUUCAACUUGAUUAAGAGGCAAGACAUGUUCUCGCAUUUACUGGCUUUAAUAAGCGGAGGGUUGGAUGAAAUGUCCAUUGACGUCGUUUUUGAUUCUCAAGAUGUCCCUCCUUGCAUCUUUGGUGUAUGCAAAAAUAGAUAUGAAAAGAAGAUGAGAAAGCAAUUUGCAGAGAUAUCUAAAUUCUGUAAAGUCAAAAAUGGCAACGAUUUCAAACUUGGAGAGAAAUUCAAAGUUGUUUCUGAUGCAUUCAACACCACUGGAAUUCUAUCGGACGAGUUUGCGGAGUUCAUUAAGAAGAAUGAGGACAUUUUCAAUUACUUCAUCUUGUCAGACCAAUCGUCUAUAAUUUCGGAACAAAAGGCUCUUCUAAGGUUUUCAAUGAAACUCGCUGAUUUGAAGAGUAUUCAAGACGCAACUGAAUUUGUUUUCACACUUGCGGAGAACGUUAAGAACAUCGCCAUUGAUGGAAGAGUACUCGAGAAAUGUUUGAAGGUGAGAGCAGACAUUGCAGAGGAAGAAGCCAAAGAAAAGGCGAAGAAAAUACGUGCUGAGUCCUUGAACAAAAUCAACGAAGAGAAAGUGGAGAAGUUUGAGGCGAUGAGUGUUGAAGAGCGGAGAAAAUACGAAGACAGACAGAGAACUCGAUCUGUCAAGAAGAAACAAGUCAGAGUCACCAUGGGGUAA